AUGAUCUCCUUGUCUUUGCAUUUCUAUUUGUUUGGAGGGAAACAUGUUCCAAACAUCCCAGGUGAAGACCCUGCUAUCUAUAGUAAGGAUGUUGCUAAUAUUGUUGCAUCAGAUAUUGAAUAUGCUUGUGUUGAUGCUGAUGAAGAAGGAAAAGGGUGUCAGAUAGUAAAAAACAUUGAAAAAAUAGUACAAAAAUUAAAGGGAAGGGAGACAUGGAUUUGGUGCGACUGGUAUGUAAGUGAGGGGUGGCUAACCAGAUCCAGAGGGAGUGACCGGCGGCCCGAUUUCCGUGAAGGAAGAUGGUGGAGCUGGGCGCGAUGGAGAUUGAAGGAUUGCAGACAGGAUAGUUGUUGCACAGUUGAGGACUCAACCUUCUUUUGCUCUGAACCCUCAGAUUUACCCUUGGAUUUAUUUUUCUAUUGA